UCUUCAUCCCAGGUCCUAAGUACAUGGAAACUAAUAUGUACCAGCGGAGCCCAUUUCAGGAUUUGACGUUGGCCUAUACACUAGUAAGGCCAACACGCUAUUACAGUGUGGAGGAUACUUCUAAGGAGGUAGUUAUCACAAACAAAAGGUAUGGAUCAGUUAGACGAGCGUUCAUUGUUGCUGUUGAAGAUAGACUUCUGAAGAAGGAAUUUCAACGGUUGAUGAUUGAAAAGAAUCCACCAGAUGAAGUGGAAGAGAUCCAGGGCUCUGACACAAUGAUGAUGAUGUCUAAGCCCCAACAACUUUUUACUAGUCUUAUGAGAAUUGCCAAAAAGUAUAACUAAUAGUUAAUUAAGAAGAAUAAGGGGGACAUGUGUAAGGCUGAGAUCAAUAAAACUCCAGUCAAUUCACAUAUCUGGUGAUCUCAGUUCUUUCAUACAAGUCCUAGUUAAUUUGAUAUUUCAACUAUAUUCUCUUUCAGCUGUUGUUCCCUUUUGUUGGAAUUUCAGUGUUUGGAAAUGACAUCAAUAAA